ACAGAAACACUAGGUCACACUUUGACGCCGGGCGUCCUUGUCCGUGUCAGGCGUGAAAGGCAGCUGUGCCGUGCCUCCUCAGCCUCCCUCGCUCGCCUUCCGGAAGACCAGAGCUGCAAGACAAUUAACGACCGGGGGCCACUUUGAGCACUAAUUGCCCUCCACUGCUGCCCCGCAGAGCAACUCACACUUCCUGUUCUCGGAUCCAACUCCACCCGCCUCCUCAUUAGAUGUGUUAUCGCGAGAGCGUGCUGUAGAAGACCCUCGGGGGUUGGCUUUGGUUGUGACGACGGCUCCCCGGCUCGGAGGUGAAAAGGUCCACUGGUCUCCUCGGCGGAACCACGCACUUUAACAGCGAUGGAGUACCUCAAGUUGUGCAUUGUGUUUUCAUGCUGGAUGACGUGUGCAGACUCAGUGGUGUCCACUGACACAGUCCGGGCUCCUGUUCCUCUUCCCAAUGAAAAAUUGCUGGUGCUCACUGUGGCUACAGAAGAAACAGAUGGCUUCCUCCGCUUUAUGCGAUCCGCAAACUAUUUCAACUACACUGUGAAGGUAUUGGGAUUGGGAGAGCCAUGGAAGGGUGGCGACGUUGGCCGAUCUAUCGGUGGAGGACAAAAAGUCAGACUACUGAAGGAGGCCAUGGAAGGUUUAGCGGACCAGGAAGACCUUGUGGUCCUCUUCGUGGACAGCUAUGAUCUUAUCUUCGCGGGGGGACCGGAGGAGAUUCUCAGGAAGUUCCAGCAAGCCAAUCAUAAAGUCAUUUUUGCCGCAGAGGGGUUGAUAUGGCCGGAUAAGAGACUGGCUGAUAAGUAUCCCUCGGUCCGCAGUGGCAAGCGGUACCUCAACUCAGGAGGAAUAAUUGGGUAUGCCCCGUACAUAAACAGAAUUGUUUCACAGUGGAACCUUCACGACAACGACGAUGACCAGCUCUUCUACACUAAAAUUUUUUUGGAUCCAUUACAAAGAGACUCUCUCAAUGUCACUUUGGACCACAGGUGCCAGAUUUUCCAGAAUCUGAACGGAGCAAUUGACGAAGUACUUCUCAAGUUUGGAACUGACCGUGUGAGAGUUAGAAACACAGCAUACGACUCUCUGCCAGUGGUUGUCCAUGGCAACGGGAACACCAAAAUGUACUUGAACUACUUGGCCAACUACGUUCCCAACACAUGGAACUACGAACACGGUUGCAGCCACUGUGACGACAACAUCGUGGACUUGUCUCAGGUCAAAGAAUUCCCCAGUGUGCUGGUCAGCAUCUUCAUUGAGCAGCCAUCGCCAUUUCUCCCCGAGUUCUUCCAACGGUUGAUGACUUUGGACUAUCCCAAAGAUAAAAUCAAAGUUUUUGUCCACAACAAUGAGGUUUACCAUGAGAGGCACAUCCAAACCUUCUUUGAUGCACAUAGGAACGUGUUCAGCAGUUUCAAGGUGGUCGGACCAGAAGAAAAUCUGAGCCAAGGGGAGGCCCGAAACAUGGGCAUGGACCUUUGCCGUCAGGACUCCACAUGCGACUACUACUUCAGCAUCGACUCAGACGUGAUGCUCACCAACAGACAGACACUGAAGCUCCUCAUCGAGCAGAACAGGAAGAUAAUCGGCCCCCUUGUCACUCGCCACAGCAAGCUGUGGUCCAACUUCUGGGGAGCGUUGAGUCUGGAUGGUUAUUACGCCCGCUCUGAAGAUUACGUCGACAUCGUGCAAAGAAAACGAGUGGGGGUGUGGAACAUCCCUUUCAUGGCGCACGUAUACCUGGUCCAGGGCAGCGCUUUGAGGAAGGAGCUGAAAGAAAGGAACUACUUUGUUCUUGAGAAACUGGACCCUGAUAUGGCUUUGUGCAAACACACCAGGGACCUGACCAGUCACAGAGAAAAAGAAUCCCCUUCUCCGGAAUCAUUCCAUAUGCUCAGGCCCCCAAAGGGAGUCUUCAUGUACUUAACCAACCGCCAUGUUUUCGGAAGGCUGCUUUCCACAGCCAAUUAUAACACCUCUCAUUAUAACAGUGACUUGUGGCAGAUCUUUGAAAACCCCCUGGACUGGAAGGAGAAGUACAUCCACCCCAACUACAUGAACAUUUUCACAGAGAACUCCAUGGAAGAGCCUUGUCCAGAUGUGUUUUGGUUCCCGGUCUUCACAGAAAAGGCUUGUGAUGAACUCGUGGAGGAGAUGGAGAACUACGGCUCGUGGUCGGGGGGCAAACACGAGGACAAGCGUAUAUCCGGCGGCUAUGAGACCGUGCCGACUGACGACAUUCACAUGAAGCAAAUCGGAUUCGACAAGGAGUGGCUUCACUUUAUCCGAGAGUUCAUCGCGCCUGUCACGCUCAAGGUUUUCUCGGGCUACUACACCAAGGGUUACGCCGUCAUGAACUUUGUGGUCAAGUACACGCCCGAGAGGCAAGCUUACCUAAGACCUCACCAUGACUCCUCCACCUUCACCAUCAACAUCGCUCUCAAUAACAAAGACACGGACUUCCAGGGCGGGGGCUGUCGUUUCCAUCGCUACAACUGUUCCAUCGAGUCGCCAAGGAAAGGCUGGAGCUUUAUGCACCCUGGACGACUGACUCAUCUCCACGAAGGUCUGCCAACCACCAACGGGACACGCUACAUCGCGGUGUCCUUCAUCGACCCCUAGAAACUCCGACUCCACCGUCAUGCCAUCUUUUGACUCAUCUCGGCCGUCGUUCUUAACAUUUUCUUGAUGCACAUUUUAAAGCUUUUGCUUUGAAAAGAUGGGUAAUUACAUUAAGCCAGUCUCUGUCAAACAGAGUGUUGAGUGUGACAAAUUCUCACCAAAAAGCGACGUGUCAUGCUAGCAGGGUACAAACGCCCAUUUCCUGGCGGGGUGGAUUUAGGACGCUCAUUCCCAUUUUGGGUGUACCAUGCUAGCAUGGGUUUCUGACGUCUUCACCGGUGAAGCAUCACUGAUUGGUUUACGGAUCUUACAGAUGGUGCUAAUUAAACAUUCCGACAGAAUUCAUUACUAGGUGAUGCGAGCACGUUCAGUUGAUUUGUAAACUUUCACAGUUUGACAAAAAAAAUACAUCUAUUUUUUGUAUUUUGCACACCAAAAUGUUGUUUCCUCUGAAACAAAACUCUUGUAAGUCGUGUGUGAAUGGAUUUUGCAACAGUUUUCUUUUAAUUUAUUGCCAAAAUGUAAUAAACCUAAGUGACAUGAUGAGUAUUGGGCUUCCCAAAGUACCUCCAAUGUACACGUCCCGGGCGAGGGGCUCUGGCAAACAGCGUAC